UUAUAGUGAUAUCAGCAAUUGGCAAGAAACGCUAUUGAACUAUGCAUAAGCAAUCCAUUCAGAUGGGAUUUCUGGUGCAUAUUUUACUCAAGACUGAAGAAAUUUAAGAAAUGAAGAUAUUUCAUGAUAUUAUUUUGAUGAAUGUUGUACUGAUAGAGCGUAAGUAAAGAAAUCAUGUCAAAAACUUCAUCUGCAGAUGCUCGAAAUGAACUCGCAGAAUUGGUUAAGAAGAGGGCCGAGAUUGCUGACACUUUGGCAAACUUAGAGCGGCAAAUCUAUGCCUUUGAAGGGAGUUAUUUGGAGGAUACUCAGCUGUAUGGAAAUAUUAUUAGAGGAUGGGAAAGGUAUUUAGCUACAAAUAGGAACACCAGUAGCAAAGCUGAUAAGAGGAACAGAAAGUUUAAGGAAGCUGAGAGACUCUUUUCAAAAUCUUCUAUUACAUCAAUGGCAUCUGUAAAUGGAAUUAUUGAGACUGAAAGAAAUAAUGAAACAGAUAUGAAUGCAAACUCAAAUGAAAAUAUACCUAUUGCUGAGGGUUCAGUUAAUAUAAAUUCUCUUGGUCUUGAUUCACGAAGCAGUAGCAGUAGUUCGUCAUCGUCUACUGUAAAUGGAAACAGGUCUCCGCAAAAUACUCCAGAUUUUCCUGGUAAAAUGAAAAUGGGUCAAAGACUAAAAAAGAAUGCAAAAAAGCCCAGAAGAGUUACUGAUAUGGACUGAUUAAAUUUAAUCAUUAUGGCUAUAUUGUACAUUUAAGUAUAUAUUUAUAAUUUUUCGUAUGAUGAUUUUAAUAUAUCGUAAUAUUCUGUGAACACAAGAAUAUUAUGUUUCAUUUUUUUUAGUGUGAUUGAUGUUUACUACCACAAUAGAAUAUUUUCAUAGAAAUUUAAUUUCCUUUGAAUAUGAUUUUUUUUUUUAUUGCCUGCAGUUCUUUCAUGAACAUUAUUUUAUUGUUAAUUUUGGACUUUAAAUUAUCAUACCUCUGAGCAGGACACUUUUAGGCUGGACAUUUGCUUCAUAUAACAGAAUGAAGGUUCCUUCAGGAGCAUUUGAAAGAAAGCUUCAUAAUUGUUUUAGUAUUAAAUAAAUAUGAUGGAGGCUAAAAGACAGAAAAUUUGAAAUUUGUUUUGUAAGAAGUUUCUAAUUUUCCAAAUGUACUCUUUGCAUAUUUUCUUUUAAACAUUAGUACAUCUAGUAAUAUGACUACAAAAAUUUCUAAUGGGUGAGUGUUUUGUGUGUUCGGUAGUUGUAAAUAAAGUAAAAGGUUUUAUUUAUUUGUAUACAUAUGUUUGUGUAGAUACGAAAGAACUGAAAUAUUUGUAAAAAAAUUGCACAUUUUUAAGUUUGCUGAAGAAUUUGUAAAAAUAACUUACAGAAUUUUGGGAAAAAGAUAAUGAGCACUGGCUUCAGUUAUAAGUAGCUUGUAAUAUAAUACAAACUGUUCAUUAUAUUUUUGGAAGCAAAUAAGUAUAACUUUUACUUAUAGACUUAGUUUACAAAAAGUGGAAUUUUUACAUCAGUUAUAAAUUUAUCGGUGAUUAAAAUGAGCUAUAAACUAGUCGUUAUAAUUUUUUCUUAAGAAAUAUGUUUUGGAGUAACUUCCAAAGUUUUCAAAAAAAAAAAAAAAAUAUGAAGUGUCAGUAAAAUUUUUAAUCCAUUUAAUAUUUGAGUAUUUAGUUUUCUGUGGGGGCAGGGGGCGGUUAAAAUGUUAAAAAUUUAUUAAUAAGAACAUGUCACCUAAAUUAAUACGUGGAUUAAAAGAGAUUAUUGUCAUAUAGUAUAAAUGCAAUGUUUGAUUGCUUUGGAUUUUUGCUUGUGGAUACUUUAAUGUAUAAAAUGUUUGUAGUUUGUUCUCUGUUAGUUUAAUAUUUGUUUUUUUGCAAAAUUACUGGUUUUUGUUAUUUAAGUUUUAUUUAUGUGUGAAUAUACAUGUGUUGAAUUUAUUUUGAAGUAAAAAAAAAAGCAUAGUAGCUUUAGUAGUAUAACCAUGUGUAGUAAAAAACAACACGUUUUUACUUAAUCUUUUAAAAAAGUUUUGCAUAUGGCUUUUAUUUAGAUAAUGAUAGGCUUACUCUUUUGCUGACUCAUCUUGUACAAAUAUUCAUCCUGUUGUUUAUAUUAUAUUAUGAAAAUUUUCAGUGUUUUAGUUAUUAACUUGGGGACAUUUUGAAUAGUUUAGAAAUCUGUAGUUUUUCUAAUUCUCAUAACCACCUGAUGUACAAUAUUUUAAAUGUUCAAAUAAAGAUUUAAAACACUGUUUACAAAAUUCUAUCAAGUCCCAACUUUUAUGUCAUUUUUUAGUGUAGAAAUUUAUAAGCCACGUAUGUAAUAAAUAGCUAUUAAACUAAGAUGCAUAUAUAUCAUUUGCAUAGUAAUUCUGUAGUCUGCAUAAUGAAUUCACAUUAUAUUACAAUAUUACUGUAAAGAUCUAUUUUUAGUUAUGUUGAGUAAGAAUAAAAGAAAAUUGUGAUGAA